AUGGAUCCGCUGCCCUUUAUUCGGCCAAGGCACCUUGACGAGCCCAGUCCGACUCAAGGCGGCGCCGCAGUGCCCCCAAGAAGGAAAGCCAGCGCCGCAUGCAAUAGUUGCCGCGCUAAGAAGUCCAGGGUAUGGCAUGCCAACCUCCCAGCGCAGCUUUCUCGCAGGUUUCGCAGGCGAUGCAUAUACCAAGACUCCGAUAAGCGGAAGAAAGAGACCUGGAAAUCAGCCAUCAAUGAUCUCGAGGUGAAGAACAAACGGCUCGAAGCCAUCGUCGAGUCAUUAAAAUGCGAGUCCCUGGAUGAUGCUAUUGACCAGCUUCGGAAUCUGCGUGAUAAUCAGCAUCCGCACACUGGCUUUUCUGGUGUCGACGAAACCAGUAGCCACACCGCGGGCUGUACCCCGAGCUCCGUGCAGUCGUCUACGGGCUCUUCUGCAGUCAGAGCUCCUACUGGAGAAAGAUCCGAUCUGACUCCACGCACUGAUGGCAGUGCGGCACUGUUUAGUGUAGACGAUUUGGAUCUGCCGCCGGAAGACAUUACUCGCCAUGCGGUGGCGGCAUUCUUCACCUGUGGCUCAACAUUGUUUUAUAUCAUGCCACAGGCGGAUUCUACUGGUCUAUUGAAAGCCGUCUAUGAGAGAAGACCAGAUGUCACGAAGAGCAUGGUCUGUCAACUCUGCGCGCUAGCAGCGGUUGGGAGCUAUUACUGUACUGAUGAGAUCCCAGCUGCUGCCAUGGAACGGUAUUAUCAACAGGCCUCGUCUUUGUUGCAAACUGUUGCGGUAGAGGAUGAUCUGGGAAUCAUGCGUGCUUUUGCUUGUCUUUCAGUGUACUUGAUUUUACUGAAGGGUACGAGUGCGAGAGCUAUGACAAGCUCUGUCUGGGUGGAGUGGGCGAAGGUGCUGCGAACACUGGCCUUUACCGAGUGCUGGCUAUCCUCAACACUCGACUACAAUUCCGACCUGGGGAAACAGGAAGUGGAUGUUGUCCAUGAUCUUGCUGCUUCCGAGUUGGCGAAAAACCCUGAAAAAGAACUGAAUACUAGUUUCAUCCAGGCAGAAAGCUUCAAGUUGUCGCUGCUCUCUGCCCAAACAUUUGAAUACAUUCGAUCCACCUCUAAUAUUUCCAUAACAGACCUGCAACAGCUAUCGGAUAGUCUAUCCACCUGGCUCUGGGAGCUCCCUCCGUGCAUGAGUUUAGCAUCACUCACACUUGGAAUCUCACCCGCCCCUGACUCGGCAUGGAGACCGCUUCUCUUUCUACACAUGCUCCAUAUCAACUUACAAAUCAUCAUAUAUGAGCGCGUCAUGCGGGUCGUUCUGAAACGAUCAACGAACCUACCAGACGACGUGCUUGUACGUGAAGUGCUCCAGAUACCACCGGCGACGAAGCAGGUAUACGAGUCUUUUGCCCAGCAGCUAGCUCGCAUCGUGCGACUCUUAUACGAAGAUCACUGUGUCCUGGCGCGAUGCUGGAUGACAAUUAGCGCGUGCUAUCACUCCAGCAUAACACUGCUUCUAAGCGCCGCGCAGCAUCUCGUCCUCGGAGCAGGUCAUUACCAAGACCUGGUUUUGGAGGAUUUAUCCCACGUAAAGGGGUGUCUUGACGCACUACAGUUCUGUGAAGACUAUGAUAUUGCGGCAAUGCGUCUUGUAGACGUUAUUACUCCGUUAUACCAACGAUUAUGCGAUGCUGUUGCGCAACCUGGUGCUGUAAACUCGCCGGCCGAGAUGCAGCCCAAGACCGAUAUUACGGAGGAUGGGGAGAUUCCAAUGCAGCUUGGGUAUAUUAUUUCCCAGUCUGUGGCUGCCAUGAACUUGCCGUGUCAGGAGAUUUGGGUUUGA